CCACUGCGAGAUAAAUUAGGUCGCAGGUUAAGCAUCCGGGUAUUUCAGCCUCGCCGGUUGGCAAGAAGCAGGACAAAACAUCACGGAUCUGCUGUAAAUACCACCAACAAUUCGAAGGCAGAUCUGCAAUGGCUGAUACCAAAGACAAGGAGGGAGAUGAGGACAAGCAGUAUGGUGGAUGUGAAGGCCCUGAUGCUAUGUAUGUGAAGUUAGUAUCCUCAGAUGGACAGGAGUUCAUUGUUAAAAGAGACCAUGCUCUGACAUCAGGAACUAUAAAAGCUAUGUUAAGUGGACCCGGUCAAUUUGCUGAGAAUGAAACGAAUGAAGUAAACUUCAGAGAAAUACCUUCUCAUGUGCUAUGUAAAGUGUGUAUGUAUUUCACGUACAAGGUGCGCUAUACCAACAGUUCAACAGAGAUACCAGAGUUUCCAAUUGCUCCGGAAAUUGCGCUGGAAUUAUUGAUGGCUGCCAAUUUCUUAGAUUGUUAAAUAUCUCCACUUCUACUAAAUAAUAAUAUUGCCAUCAUAGUGUAGUUACCAAGUCCUUGGCAAUCUGCCAGGAUUUUUAAAAAAAUCAAACAAACAAAAAAUGUUGUCACUUGUACAGCCGGGAGUUUUGAAGUGAUGCAUGUUUGCCUAUAAGUGAUAGUAAUUUAAGGGUGAAGGCAAAAAGUAAGAAAGAUUUUUCAAAUCAGCAAAGUUUUGUUAACCGUAUCAGUGAUAAUACUGCUGAGUAAAAUUUACCCUUGAAACCAAUAAUGAACUUAAGGAGUCAGCUGCCAGCGAGUUCUUUAUAAUAGGGUAUGGAAAUACCUGUAUUGCUAUUUUGAACAGAAGUGUCAACUGGAUACAUGUGUAUGUGAAAACAUCCCCCUUAAUCUCAAAUGGUCAGCCCUUAAUUUGUAUCAAGAGAAAAUGUUGCUCUUUGUUUACAACAAUGUUUUCUUAUCAGAUCACUUAUGUAAUAAUAAUCACUCAGCUCCUGCAUUGGCAGCUGCUGGUUUGGGUUAUACAAGACAUAUGUUCUACAAAUAUUUUCUUUCAAUUUAAGACUCGCUAUAAAAAGUAGUUUCCCACAUCCAUUGAUUUCGGUUUGUUAAUUUUAUUAUUUAACAUAUCCUGGAUCAGUUCAGUUUUCAAUUUGAAGAAAAGUUUCUAGAGAUAGUGCCAAAUAGUUUGUGCUAGCUUUGAAAUUUCCCUAAGAUCAAAACACCAUUGUUUUCAAUUUUUUUUUUUUUUUUUUUUUUGGUAUUUGAGUAUUUGGCUUUAAUUAGAGAAGAGACGAACUAAUUGAACUAAAAUAUGAAAGGCAUGACAUCAAAACUAUCGCAGAACAAGGAACUCAACAACUACAAAAAGUCCUGUUGGUGGAAAACCUCACUUCAGAACUCUCAGGUCUUUAUGAUUAUAUGCAAGUUAUUGUAUUGGCUCUCCUUAACAAUAGGUGGAAAUAUACAAAGCCCAUGUCAGACUUUUUUGUAAUAUUAUAAGUAACCAUAGUAACGUGUAGAAAGUAGGCUCUGCACAGGCGAUAUCGAGAGGAUCAAUGUUAAUUAUUUAUAAUUUGUUUUUAUUUUCAAUUGUAUUUUUACAAAUGCUAGCAAGCCUUUCAUUGCUUAUUUCUGUAAUAAUUGGCCUGAAUAAUUAAAAAAUAUUGUUUUG